AUGCUGCGGAGCGUUAUGGUGCCAAAGCCCGGGGCCACCGCCACGAGGGCAAGUUGUGUAGCCGCCUCAUCGGCGGCGUUGAGCUCAGUAUUGGCAAGAGACUCUCUCGCAUGUUGUACAUGCGUCUUCACUAGAAGCAUCUGCCGCACCAGUAUUCCGAAGAUCACAAGCAUGGGCUUGAAAACCUCAUCCACGCGUUCAACAUCUUCUUCAUCAAGCCGCCGCUCCUUUUCGUCCGCAAACCAUGGGGACAAGACGGGGUACAAGCACUUCCUGCAGCAAUUUCUGACGUCGCAGAAAGACCAGCUGUGCCACCCCGCGAUUCCCAUUCUGGUUUUCGGCCUCGCGGCGGUCGAGCUCGCCAUCUAUUGGAAGCGGAAUCGAAAUAUCAAAUGUAAAAAUGUCUGGGUCUGGAAGAUUGCCAGGUUUGUCAUGCACAUGGUGCAUGACUCCUGAUGUCUGUGAUGCAUGCCCUAGCAUCACAGAUUUUGUGAGGGCUUCCUGAUGCCUAUACCGCAUGACAAAUGCUCUGUCCGUGUAGCAAAACUUGGACACUCUUUGCUGCUCAUGCAACACAAAUUUUUUUAGAAUCCAAAAUCAGCAUGACAAGUUGGAUUCUUCCAGACCCAGACAUUUUUACAGUUGAUACGAAAAGAAGAAGAUGAGGCGGUGGUGUUGCGUCGCGAUCGGCUGGAACGCAGGCGCGCCGCUGCGGUCACGGUAGAUCAAAAGGAAACUACAGAUGGUUCUUGCACACUUGCAGGUGAACCCGGCGCUAGUGAGACGGUUCCAUUGUCUGAUGCUGACGAAACCUCGAACCCAUCACCACAUAAACCGUCGUGAGAUCAUCAGCACUAAUUAAGUACUUACACAUCGAUCAGGAGUAGCUUCGCAACAUGGAAAAGGAAAU